CACCAAUGUGACUGUCCGCUGCUGAACCACACGUUCAGCUGCAGCUGGAUGGCUGUAUGAUAAACAAAACAGUUAGUGUUCAUUUUCACACCUUUGUUAUUUUUCCUUCAACGGCUGGAGAGAAAAUCAUUUUUCUUAUGAAGUAUGGCCGUAGUCAAAAAGGACGACCGACUGACAAGUUCUCAAAGUUUACUGUGCGUCGGCUUUGCCGGGAUUUUUAGCAAAACUGUAACGUCACCUCUGGAAGUCGUAAAGAUUUUGAGUCAAAUAGGAACAUUUCACUGUAAACGAGGAUUUCUGCACAGCUUUGUUUUCAUUUGUCAGAAUGAGGGACUUCGAGCAUUUUGGAAGGGUAAUAUGGUUUCCUGUCUACGGUUGUUCCCCUACAGUGCCAUACAUUUAGCAACUUACAAAAAUAUCGUCCACCUUCACAUUGAUGAACUGGGUAAUAUCUCACAAUGGAGAGCCAUAGUAGCCGGUGGGCUGGCAGGCAUAUCUGCUGCUCUAGCAACAUAUCCAUUGGAGGUGGUUGAAACCAGACUUAUUGCUCAGAAUUGCCAAGAACCAACUUACAGAGGGUUGCUGCAUUCUCUCUCCAGCAUCUACAGAAAUGAAGGACUUCAAGCUCUCUACAGGGGGUUUUCCCUCACAGUGUUAGGCGCUGUUCCCUUCUCUAUUGGCUGCUAUGCGGUGUAUGUCAAUUUGGAUAAGCUGUGGCAGGAGCGGCAUGUUCGCUUCACGUCUUUGCAGAACUUCAUCAAUGGCUGUCUUGCGGCAGGAGUCGCUCAGACUCUCUCCUUCCCCUUUGAAACUGUUAAAAAGAAGAUGCAGGCCCAGAGUCUUCUUUUGCCCCAUUGUGGAGGAGCUGAUGUCCAUUUUAAUGGAAUGAUAGACUGCUUCAGACAGGUCAUUAAGAACAAGGGUGUCAUGGCUCUUUGGAGUGGCCUUACAGCAAACACGGUGAAGAUUGUCCCAUAUUUUGGUCUGCUCUUCAGUUGCUUUGAGAUGUGUAAGCAAGUCUGCCUUUACCGGAAUGGCUAUAUAAUUUCUCCACUAAGCUACAAACUUACACCUGGUGUGGACCAAAGCCUAGGCCCAUAUGAACUAGAGGAGUUUAAGCGCUACCUGAGAAACAGAAAAUCACACAAAGCACAGAGUUCAUCUAUAGGAAACCGCUGGUAACUAUUCCAGGAGUUAUCAGGAAUAAACAGUACUCUGAGAAGUGAUAUUAAGUAUAUUAAGUAUAUUGAUAUUAAGCAUAUGUACUGCUGAAAUGCACAGUGAAUUAUAUUACUUCUUAUUGUAUUUAACUUCCGAUAUGGUAUUUUAAGGAUUCUGCACAUACAUAUGUUAAGCACAGUCCAUUUUUUACAUUCUACAGUACCUCAAACACAUCAGACAGGCCCUUAAAGGAACAUAGUGUGUCUUUGAGGUAUUAUUAAAGGUACCCUUUCAUUUCAACAUUGACAUGUAUUGCUUUUAGCUUUACUGGAAUGGUGUUUUUAAGAGCUGUCUAAUCACUUCUCAGGAAAAUAUGUUGAACAUCAUUUCAACAGUAUACAGCAAUGCCUUUGUCAAACAAAGUAUUAGUCUUUUACUGGAUUUUAGCUCUUUGGCCUUUUUAAAGGUCUUCUCUUAUUUAUGAACCACAUGCUUUUAAGGUCAUAUUGUUGUGCAGUUUUGGCAUUGGCUUAUUUGAUUAUAUAUGACAAUUUUGUAUCUGCAUUCUAAUGAUCUGGACACUCAGUAACCCAGUAAUUAACGACUCUGAUUCAGCUGUAAAAAGGACAGGAUCUGUUUAAUAAAAGUGUAUUUGUGGUUUUCGAUUAUAUCAUUUGGACAUUUUUAAAUGUUGCACAUGUUAAGAUAAAAUCUUCAAGCACUGUAAAAAUUAUGAAGUAUAAGCAAUAAACAUCUUAGUCCUUA